AUGAGAGGUACUAUAGUAAAACAGAAUUCAUCGAAUGAAGGGACCAAAAAAAGAAACAAAAUACCAUUAACCGAUGAAACAGUAGAAGAGUAUUUGGAGAGAUCAUGCGGUCAUGUGCAACUUACCCAGGAAAUGGAAAAUAGACUAAAAUCGUGUCACCCCGAUAUAACAACACAAGACAUGUGCAAAAUCUAUUCAACUCUAUACAAUGAACAUGUAUCAAAUUUUCGUCAUCUUCUUGAAUGCUUGAAGAUGGCAACGGCUAUGUUAGCAACUAAAUAUAAACAAGAACAAAAUUUUCAAAAAAAAUGUUGGUUUAAUCAAUAUAAAAAACUUGGAAGAGAUCUUAUAAGACUAUCAGAUAAUGAUGAUGAUGGACGCUUAAAACUAUAUUUACAAAAAAAAGAGACGUGCAAAACAAGUGAUUUCAUCAAAAUUUUAAAUGAUAGUAUAGAAACGUGGAAUGCCUUUAUUAAGGAAAAAAAAAAAGUAGCCUACGACGAAUUGGAUGAAGCUUUAAAAAAUGUUACACUGAGGAAAGAAAGAGGCAAAAAUUGA